CUUGCGUUACGAUUCCACCCCGACAAAAAUUUGGACAAUCCAUCUGCCGUGGAAAUCUUCAAAGAAAUUAAUCGGGCUUAUCGCACGCUGUCGGAUCCAAUAAAACGAAACAUUUAUGACAAAUACGGCAGUGUUGGUCUGUCGAUUGCGGAACAAUUCGGCGAGGAGAACGUCAACACCUACUUCAUCCUUUCCAACAGAUGGUGCAAAGCUUUAUUCCUGUUCAUAUUCCUCAUCACCGGCUGCUUCCUGUGCUUCUGUUGCUUCUGCUGCUUCAAUUUCUGUUGUGGUAAAUGCAAACCGAAAAUACCGGAAGAUGAAGAUUUGGAGGCGGCUGUAAACUUACAGGAUGAUCCGGACGCGGAUGAUGUAGUCCCAAUGCAACAAUCCGCCCCACCGUUUGAUCCCACCCCGUUCGAUCAGUCCAGCUACUAUGGUGGUGGUUCUGUUCCCGGUUCAGUCCCGUUUCCGACUGGUGUAGCCGUGCCCCAACAACAGCCUGUCGCUGGUCGAGCCUAUUGA